AUGUAUCUCACAAUAGCAUUCACUCUCGCCCUUCUCUCCACACUAGUCUGCGCCCAGACAGUAGUGACAACAAUCACUGAAGCGCCCCCGAGUCCAACGGCAGAGCCACAGUGGACAUCAGACAACACUUUCACCUCGGCCGUCCUCAACAGCACAAACUUCUAUCGCGGCGAGCACAAUGCGUCCUCCGUAACAUGGAACGAAACACUCGCCGACUUCGCGACCGACUACCUUGACGACAUGUCGGGCGACAGCUGCGACUUUGAGCACUCAGGCGGUCCCUACGGCGAGAACCUGGCCAAGGGAUACCCCAACGCGACGGCGAGCGUUGAGGCGUGGGGAGAAGAGCGCGACGACUACAACUUCAAGAAAGGCGAAUUUGACGAGGAGACAGGUCAUUUUACGCAACUUGUCUGGAAGGACACGACGGAUGUGGGAUGCGGGCGCAAGUUAUGUGGCGACGGCCAGUGGUAUCUUGUGUGCGAAUACUGGCCGAGGGGCAACGUCGUGGGUCAAUUUACAGAAGAGGUGCAAAGUCAACAGUCGCUGGGCCUAUUACUGGGAGUGUGA